AAUCAUCCAAAAUCCAAGUACUUGGCCAAUAUAUCCUCAUCUUCCUCAUUCAACACACAACAACCUAUACACAAAAGAGCCAUGGCUUCAUCAUCUUCUCUCACUCUCUCUCAAGCUCUCUUUUCUCCUUCUCUCCCUCGCCAUGGCUCAUCCUCCUCCUCCUCUUCCACUCCUUCCUUCUCUUUCCCGCCUUUCUCCGGCCUUAAAUCCACUCCAUUCACCUCCCACCAUCGUCGCGUUAUUCCCUCUACAGCCACCGCCAAGCAGCAUGCUAUACGCGCUUCGGCGGCUGUAGAGACAUUGGAGAAAACUGAUGAGGGUCUUGUUGUGAAAUCUGUGAACACUAUUCGUUUCUUGGCUAUUGAUGCUGUUGAAAAGGCUAAUUCAGGUCACCCUGGUUUGCCAAUGGGAUGUGCACCAAUGGGACAUAUAUUGUAUGAUGAAGUUAUGAAGUAUAACCCCAAGAAUCCUUACUGGUUUAAUCGUGACCGGUUUGUUUUGUCUGCUGGUCAUGGUUGUAUGUUACAGUAUGCUCUACUUCAUCUUGCUGGUUAUGACUCUGUUCUGGAAGAGGACUUGAAGACUUUCCGUCAAUGGGGUAGCAAAAUCCCUGGUCACCCUGAGAACUUUGAGACACCUGGUGUCGAAGUCACCACCGGUCCGCUGGGACAAGGUAUUGCCAAUGCUGUUGGCUUAGCCCUUGCAGAGAGGCACUUGGCUGCUCGCUUCAAUAAGCCAGAUGCUGAGAUUGUUGACCACUACACAUAUUGUAUAAUUGGUGAUGGUUGCAAUAUGGAGGGUAUCUCAAAUGAAGCUUGUUCCCUUGCUGGCCACUGGGGUCUUGGAAAACUGAUUGCUUUCUAUGACGAUAACCACAUCUCCAUUGACGGAGACACAGAAAUUGCUUUCACUGAGGAUGUCAGUGCCCGUUUUGAAGCUCUAGGAUGGCAUGUGAUCUGGGUGAAGAAUGGUAACACAGGUUAUGAUGAGAUUCGUGCUGCAAUUAAGGAAGCCAAAUCUGUCAAAGACAAACCCACUAUGAUCAAGGUAACUACAACCAUUGGUUUUGGAUCUCCAAACAAGGCAAACUCUUACAGUGUGCAUGGUAGUGCACUUGGAGCAAAGGAAGUGGAGGCAACUAGAAAUAACUUGGGAUGGCCUUAUGAGCCUUUCCAUGUGCCUGAAGAUGUGAAGAGCCAUUGGAGCCGUCAUACACCUGAGGGUGCUGCCCUUGAAGUGGAAUGGAAUACUAAGUUUGCCGAAUAUGAGAAAAAGUACCCAGAGGAAGCUGCAGAUUUGAAAUCCAUCAUUACUGGUGAACUACCUGCUGGCUGGGAGAAAGCUCUUCCUACAUACACUCCAGAUAGCCCAGCUGAUGCCACCAGAAACUUGUCGCAACAAAACCUGAAUGCUCUUGCCAAGGUUCUACCAGGUUUCCUUGGUGGUAGUGCUGAUCUUGCCUCAUCAAACAUGACUCUUUUGAAAAUGUUCGGUGACUUCCAGAAGAACACUCCAGAAGAGCGUAAUUUAAGGUUUGGUGUUCGUGAACAUGGUAUGGGAGCCAUAUGUAACGGGAUUGCUCUACACAGCCUUGGCUUGAUUCCCUAUUGUGCUACUUUCUUUGUGUUCACUGACUACAUGAGAGGAGCCAUGAGAAUUUCAGCCUUGUCUGAAGCUGGAGUUAUUUAUGUUAUGACCCACGAUUCAAUUGGUCUAGGAGAAGAUGGGCCGACUCAUCAACCCAUUGAGCACUUGGCAAGUUUCCGUGCAAUGCCCAACAUUCUGAUGUUCCGUCCAGCAGAUGGGAAUGAGACAGCGGGAGCUUACAAGGUGGCUGUCCUCAAGAGGAAAACACCAUCAAUCCUUGCCCUCUCUCGGCAAAAGUUGCCCCAACUUGCUGGUACUUCUAUUGAAGGAGCAGCAAAGGGUGGAUACAUUGUAUCUGACAAUUCUUCAGGCAACAAACCUGAUGUCAUUUUGAUGGGUACUGGCUCAGAGUUAGAAAUUGCUGUCAACGCCGCUGAUGAACUCAGGAAAGAAGGAAAGACAGUGAGAGUUGUUUCCUUUGUUUGUUGGGAGCUUUACGAUAAACAAUCAGCUGAGUACAAGGAAAGUGUCCUUCCAGCAUCUGUUACAGCUAGAGUUAGCAUUGAAGCUGGAUCAACAUUCGGGUGGCAGAAAUUUGUUGGUGAUAAAGGAAAAGCCAUUGGAAUUGACGGAUUCGGUGCCAGUGCUCCUGCUGGAAGGAUAUACAAAGAGUUUGGUAUUACAGCAGAGGCUGUUGUAGCUGCAGCUAAAGAAGUCUCUUAGGCAAUGUUGGUUACCGAUUCUUGGUUGCUGGUGUUCUACUGAGUUUAUUUUGUUUAGGUUAUGAGAUGGGAGAUAACCGUGGAAACUUUCACAGCCGCCUGAGAUUUAGAAUAAUGGUGAAAAUUUCAUCCGCAACUUCUUUGUCUCCAGUUGAGCAGCAGAGCCACCAGAAUGAAUCCAAAAUUAGGAUAGAAACUAGGCACAAUGAUGUUCCUAAACUUGUACACUACAUAUAUUGAGUUUGUAAUUUCAUUUGGUUCAUUGAUAAAGAUGUCACUUUUCCAAUUGGAAUUUCAUGUUUCUCUGGCAAUGGGAUUUUUGUUUUCCUUCA